AUGGAAUUAGUUUGGUCAGCUGUUUGAAACCGUUUGUUACCCAUUCGCUAACUCGAGAUGAAACCCUUUGCCUGCAUCCUGGUGAUCCUUGCCGCCAUCCUGUCCGUUGGUCAGGCCUCCCUGGGCGGUCUUCUUGGCGGCGGCGGUGGAGGCGGUGGCUCCAUUGGAGGUGGAUCCGGUGGCAUUGGACAGCUGCUGCAGAGCAAGCUGGGCGGUCUUGGCGGAGGAUUGGGCGGUGGCCUCGGCGGAAAGCUCGGCGGCGGCGGUGGCGGCGGAGGAGGCGGUGGUGGCUACUCUAACGGCGGUGGCUACUCCGGCGGAUGGUCCAACGGUGGCGGUUACUCCGGCGGUGGCGGAUACUCUGCUCCUGCCCCCAGGCCCGUCGAGAAGGUGAUCAUCGUGAAGGUCAUCAACGAGGGAUACUCUGGUGGCCACUCAGGUGGAUACUCCGGUGGUUACUCCGGCGGAUACUCCGGUGGCGCUCAGUCUGGAGGAUGGUCCUCGGGUGGUGCUCAAUCUGGAGGCUGGUCCUCGGGUGGCGGCUGGAACAAGGGCUGGUAAGGAAGGACCCUGUCAUGGACCAACCUCGAAUAGUUCAAACUGCCAAACAAAAAGCCAAGCAGCUUAGGUUUUACUACAUUUUUUUUUAUAUAUAUAUUUUAGAGGUAUUUGUUUGUUAGAAUUUAUGCAAUACACAAGAAAAGAAUUUCCAUUUUUAA